GUGUUGACAGCAUGGCACCGCUACUGCUCCCGCGUCUUGUUGGUUCCUUGACACGGCAGUUGUCCCAAGUUGCCAGAUGUGCUGCUCUCGGCUCCUUUCCUGCAGUAGGUGCACAGAGAUGCAUCUCCACCAUCACAGCUGCAACGGCACGAUUCAGAGGAGUCAUCCACCCAGUGAGGGAGCCACACGUGCCAUUCCUCUCACCUCUGCUUGGACCAUGCCAGCAGCUCCUGUGUGUUCAACCAGCUGCCGGCAUGAAGACAAAAACUGCCCUCAAAAGACGCUGCAAAGACUGCUUUUUCGUCCGCCGCCGUGGAAGGCUGUUUGUUUUUUGCAAAUCCCACCCCAGACACAAGCAGCGGCAGGGGUGAAUUAUUUGAGACCUUAAUGUAUGAUCUCACACCGCUGACUGAGGCUUGAGAAUCACUCGAAUGGUGUACUGAGCAUGUAAAGAUCAUAGAGUUUCUAAUAAAUUUUGACAUCCUCAUCUGAAAAGAUGCUCGAAGAUUUUGAGAAUGAUAUUUUCAUAUAUGUUCAGGAGCACAGCUGUUAACUAGGCCUUAUUUACAUGUGUAAACCCACUGAAUUAAAAUGUAAUGUUAUUGAAAAGGCCA